AUGGAUAGUGCUCAUCAGUUAUGCCCUUGUUGUGGGAAAAUUCACACAGAUGAAGAUUGCCUAGUGUUUUGGACAGACCCGGUGUUUUGGAAAGAAAAACUGAUGUCUGGGUACAAGGCACCUUCAUAUGAGGGACACUAUCAGUCAAAUGUCAACCAAAGGUAUGAGCAAAAUUUGGAUUACGAUGAUUACGAUUCCGAGUUGGUGCCCUUCUCGAGAUAUCAAGAAGAUUAUAAUGGUCGUUACCAUGACUACUCUGAGUCAACAUACAAUAAUCAUGGUAAUUACCAAGGGAGUUCAGAUCUGCAUUAUGCAAGUCAAAAUGAUUGUCAAGGUAAACACCAAAAUUCUAAACUUGAUGAAAUCAUGGAUAUUAUGCUGGAGAUGGCACAAGAGAGCAAGUCGAGAAUUGAGGCUAUGGUCCAACGAUCGAAUCAAAUAGACGAACAAAUUGAAACAUUGAAGGGUGUGAAGGAUAAUACCACAUCCAUUCAUGCAUUUGUUGAAGAAACACAAGAAAUACCAGUUUUGGUUGUUGAAGUUGAAGAAGAGGUUGAAAGUCUUCCGGAACUUGAAGUUAUAUGUUUAAACCCACAUGAAGACUUAGCACUUACUGAAGAACUAGAGACUGAUGUUGUCCAAGUUUAUCCCGAACCGUUGCAUACUUUGAUUACUCCAACUAACAAAGCUGGGGAUGAUGGCUCGAGCGGGAAUAAAAGAAAGGUGAGCAGAGAAGACCUCGGACAGGGUAUAUUGAAUUGGCUAUAUAAUGAUCCAACAGACGUACUCAUGAUAGGAAAGAAGGUGAAGACUCAACAUGUCAACUAUCGAACACACGUUGGAAAUUCGGUAGGCAAAUGUGAAUUUCACUUGUUCCGAUUCGAUUCGAUAAAUAUCGCUGGCAGAAGAGAGCAGAUAGGAAGUUCGAAUGUCAAUUACCGAGCAUAUGCAGGAAACUCGGUGGGUUGUCAGGUUAUUAAUCUCUACGGAUGCAAUGGUCCAAGUGUGGGGAUGUUUGGGGAAGUCCCAAUACGUUCUAGUGCAGUGGCAGACAAUGCACGGAUUAGAGUUCAGUCAGAACUGUCCAUACUCAAUCUCCAUUUGGACGGGGAUGAUCUGAACACUAAUUUUAUACCAAUUGUUACCCAAGAAGAGUACAAAAGGAGGCGUAAAGUAAGAAAACUAUAUUUGGAUAGUAAACGGUAUACUUUGAAACGCGUUGCAUCGCAAUCCGCAAGUAAUUCAACACCAAAUACCACUUUGACGUCCACUUCGUAUAACACAUUCAAUGCUACAACUGAGGUGCCGAUUACAUGCGCAGAGAGACGUAGAUUAAGGAAGCUAUAUUUGAGUAAUAAAAGAUCUAUCACACCAAGCGGAUCAAGCUCCAAACAAAACUUAUCUUCGUCUGCUGAUCCUAAAUCCAUAGACCCCAACAUGCACAAUGUUACACGUACCCCCUCGGUUUUAGCUACAAAUAAUGUUGGUUGUGUUAGAAGUAACUCUGCUCAUCAUACAAAUAUUCUUGGCUUUUCUUUAUCUUCAAACCUCAAGGCAACGAAUAGUAUAUCACCUAUUCUUGAAAAUUCUACUUUACCAAGACUAUCUCCUGGAAAUUGUAAAUUAGUACGCAAAGCACGAGUUACCUCUCCUAUACCAAUGAUUGAUUUGUCUACAGAAGAAACUACAGUUGAAGAUCCAUACAAAGGUGUCUCACAAGAAUAUUUGGACCAUGGUGAUCAGUGUGUUACAUGUGACGUAUGUAAUGCAAAGUUAUGGGAUUCAGAAAAAGGCAGGGGUAAACGCCAGGAUGGAAAAACGUCCUAUUCCUUAUGUUGUGGAUACAACAAGGUUGAGCUUCCGGAUUAUAAAGACGCACGGCCAAAUUAUGAAAAACUUUUUCGGUGCGUUGAUAAAGAAAGCAAGCACUUUUUGAAGAACAUUCGGCGUUAUAACUCUAUGUUUGCUUUUACUUCGAUGGGUGGUAAGGUUGAUCCGACUGUGAAUAGAGGUAAUGCCCCCUUUUGCUACCGAAUCAGUGGUGAAAACUAUCAUACCAUUGGGAGUCUCUUGCCAGAAAACGGAUCAAAACCUAAAUUUUGUCAGCUCUACAUAUACGAUACUGAGAACGAACUUUCAAAUAGGCAAUCCAUAUUUAGUUCUUCAAAGGAUGCAUCUUCGUCGUCUGCUGCUGCCCUUGAUCGUCAAUUGAUUGAACAAAUAAAGGAUGUUUUAGACACAGACAAUCAGCUGGUUAAAAGUUAUAGAAUGGUCAGAGAUUCUUUUCAAGAGAACCCGCAAGUAUCUCUAAAGUUACGCCUUAUUGGAAGAAGGGAGAAAGAUGGUAGGACGUAUAACCUACCAACGGCUAGCGAGGUCGCUGCUCUUAUAGUUGGAGAUCUUGACAACGCAAUUGACAGUAGAGAUAUUGUUGUGGAAACCCAAACAGGUGAUCUAAAACGAAUAAGUGAAUUGCAUCCUUCUUAUCUUGCUCUUCAAUACCCGAUUUUGUUCCCUUAUGGGGAUGAUGGUUAUAGAAUUGACAUCCCCCAUAGAGGUGUCGUAGAUGUUACCAAUAAGAAGCGGCCAAAUUGUACUAUGAGAGAAUUCUUUGCGUAUCGUGUUCAAGAUAGGAUUAAUCAAUUUUCAUUGAUUCUUAAUUCAAGGGGACUAUUUCAACAAUUCUUGGUUGAUGCAUACACGAUGAUUGAAACUGAGAGACUCAACUAUAUACGUCAUCAGCAAAAGAAUCUUAGAUCAGAUACAUAUGAUAGUCUUCAAAAGUUAAAAAACAACGGUCAACAAGAUAUAUCUAAAGCUGGUAAAAGUGUGAUAUUGCCGUCUUCAUUUACCGGCGGUGCUAGAUAUAUGAUGCAAAACUAUUUAGAUGCAAUGUCUCUAUGCAAGUGCUUUGGUUAUCCCGACUUUUUUAUAACCAUCACAUGCAACCCAAAAUGGUCGGAGGUAACAAGGUAUCUUAGAGACACCACACUUAAACCGGAAGAUAGACCAGAUAUUCUGACAAGAUUAUUUAAGUUGAAAUUGGAUGCUAUUUGCAAAGACUUAAAGGAACGCGAUCUAUUGGGAAAAGCUGCCGCAGUUGUUUACACCAUCGAGUUUCAAAAACGUGGAUUGCCUCAUGCACACUUAUGCUUAUUCAUGGAGGAUGGAUAUAAACUUCCUACAGUGGACCAUGUUGAUGCAUUUAUAUGUGCUGAGAUUCCAAACAGAAAUGAGGACCCGGAGUUAUACACACUUGUGAAAGACUAUAUGAUUCAUGGUCCAUGUGGUCUUGCUAACCUAAGCUGUCCAUGUAUGGUUGAUAGAAAAUGUUCGAAAGGCUUUCCAAAAAAGUUUGAAGAUCAUACGACAUUAGGUUCAAAUGGAUUCCCAGUGUACAGAAGAAGAAACGAUGGUGCGACAGUUAUGAAGAACCGCAUUGAGCUAGACAAUAGAAGUGUUGUACCAUACAACAAAAAGCUGUUGAAAAGGUAUCAGGCGCACAUAAAUGUUGAGUGGUGCAAUCAAGCUGGGUCUAUCAAAUAUUUGUUUAAAUACAUCAACAAAGGACCUGAUAGAGCAACUGUUGUUGUUGUGCAAGGGGAUAACCAAAACGAAGAACCAUUAAAAGAUGAGAUAAAAGAGUAUUAUGAUUGUAGGUACAUCUCAGCAUGUGAGGCAUCUUGGAGGAUAUUCUCUAAUGAAGUACACUAUAGGUAUCCUUCUGUUACAAGGUUACCUUUCCAUCUUCCAGGACAACAAAAUGUCGUUUUUGGUCCUGACGAAGAUAUAAAUUCCGUCCUUAACAAACCAUCUGUGAAAGCGUCAAUGUUUUUGUCUUGGAUGGAACGUAACAAAGACCCAAAUGACACAGUGGCCCGUACCCUUACUUAUGUUCAGUUUCCAAUUUUUUAUGUAUGGAAGAUUGAAAAUCGUUGCUGGGAACCUAGACAAAAGGGAAAAGCGAUUGGCAGAGUUCACUCUGUACCCCCUUCUUUUGGUGAAGCAUAUUUUUUAAGGAUUCUUCUUAACAAAGUCAAAGGGCCAAAAUCGUUUGAGGAAAUUAGAACCGUUAAUGGUCAUGUACACGAUACCUUUAGAGAUGCGUGUUACGCACUUGGUCUUUUGGACGAUGACAACGAGUACAUUGAAGCAAUCAAGGAAGCAAAUGAAACAGCAACAUGUUCAUAUAUUCGUGUUUUGUUUGCAAUGAUGUUGUUAUCAAAUACUUUGUCUAGACCUGAGGUGGUAUGGGAAAGUACGUGGAAAUAUAUGACAGAUGACUUUAUGUACAGAUUAAGAAAAUUUCAUCGAUCAGAAGCUUUGUCAGUUCCCGAGGACCACCUUAAAAACUAUGCUCUGGGCGAAAUAGAAAAAUUUUUACUUCGGAAUAACUCAUCUCUACGAAGGUUUUUAACAAUGCCAUAUCCUGAUGAAGAGUCUUUAGCUGAUUCACAAAAUCGCCUAAUAUAUGAGGAGCGUUGUUACACCCAAUUAGAUCGUGGAAACGAGUACGGAAGGCAGAUUAGUAUGCUAAACGAUGAACAACGGUCUGUUUUUGAAGAAAUACUGAAAGCCGUUGAAGGUGACGCAGGUGGUGUAUUCUUUGUCUAUGGAUAUGGUGGAACCGGUAAAACAUUCUUAUGGAAGACAUUAUCUGCGACAAUUAGAUCUAAGGGUCAAAUUGUAUUAAAUGUCGCAUCAAGUGGAAUUGCAUCGUUGCUACUGACUGGGGGCAGGACUGCACACUCCCGGUUUCAUAUUCCUUUAAAUCUUACUGAGGAUUCAGUUUGUCAUAUAAAACCAGACAGUGACACAGCUAGAUUACUACGUGAAACCAAGUUAAUUAUAUGGGAUGAAGCCCCAAUGGUUCAUAAACACGCAUUAGAAGCUUUGGAUAGAACGAUGAAUGACAUAUUCAAUAUGGACACUUCCAUAGGUUCUGAAAUUUCAUUUGGAGGUAAGGUUAUUCUUUUUGGUGGUGAUUUUCGACAAAUUCUUCCUGUUGUCCCCAAUGGUGGAAGACAAGAGAUAGUGAAUGCCUCGCUUUGUUCGUCAUAUUUAUGGAGUAAAUGCAAGUUGCUAAGGCUAACAAAAAACAUGAGAUUAACCAUUGGACGCUCUACAUCUGAGAUUGAAGAUAUCAAAAAUUUUGCCAAGUGGCUUUUGGAUUUGGGUGAGGGAAAUGUUGGUUGUCCUAAUGACGGGGAAGCAUCUAUUGAAAUACCACCGGAUCUUCUAAUUAACGACACCUCUGAUCCGAUUUCAUCUUUAAUUGAUUGCGAAGAAAGAGAGUAUCUAAGCUCCGAUAGUCUUUGUCAGACUGAGAAUCCUAAUUCAACACAGCAGAAACUAUACUCACCAGAUGUGUUGAAUGGUCUUAAAGUAUCAGGUUUGCCUAAUCACAGGUUAGUACUCAAAGUUGGUGUGCCAGUAAUGCUAUUACGUAACAUUCAUCAACAAAAUGGUUUAUGCAACGGUACGAGGUUACAGAUAAAAAGAUUAUACAACCGUGUCAUAGAAGCCGAAAUAAUAUCUGGAGGAAAUAUCGGCACUCGCACCUACAUACCGAGACUUAAUUUGAUACCUUCAGACAAAAAGAUGCCUUUUGCGUUUCAAAGGAGGCAAUUUCCGAUAGCUGUGUGUUUUGCGAUGACUAUCAACAAAAGUCAAGGUCAGUCGCUAUCAAGGGUUGGUCUGUACUUGAGACAACCUGUUUUUACGCAUGGUCAGUUGUAUGUGGCUUUAUCAAGGGUAAAAUCCAGAAACGGAGUCAAAUUGCUUAUAUUAGACAAGGACGGCAAACCUACCGAUAAAACAUCAAAUGUUGUUUAUAAGGAAGUGUUUAACAAAUUGUGAACUUUGUCUUCUUUGUUUCUUUUCAAUUACGUGUAAUGUUGAUAAAGAUGUUCGUAGUUCAACGUUUAUUUAAUUA